GCGCAAUUCUAGUAAAUUCACUUAAAUCACAUAUGUAUAGGAAUUUUUAAAUUAUGUUAACCUUGAUAAAAGAUAUUAAUUAACCUCAAUAAAUGCAUUAUAUUUUUUAUUCCUGAAUAUAUGGCAUUAUAUCAAAAUUCGUUGAAUGUUCUUCACUCACUCUACUCAUUAAAAUACAAAAAUUUUACCGCCAAAGAAAUCGAUGAUUCGAUAUCUUUAUUGGAGGAUCCUCUAUUUCAAAAGAUAUUGACGAUCAACGAUUCCUUACAAAACCUGAAAUAUUACGUCGAAAAUUAUGACCUACCUUUAUUCACGUCCGAUGAUUUUGCGGUAUCGCUGACGGAGGGCUUAAUUUUAUCUCCCAAAAUCGCGGAAUAUGUUGAAACCCAUUUUGCUGGCACUAACAAAAGGGUUACUGCGGGAUCAAAAUCAACCCAAAUUUCCCCGGUCCACGAAGGGAAGCCCGAAUACGAUUCCCCGAUUUCAAGUCCUAGAUACAAAUCGCCCUCAAUAUCUACGGAAAAAUUUGCCGAAAUCUUAAAGACACCACCCUUAAGCGGCGAUGCUUUAAUUGAAAACUCAAACGUGAAAUUGUUUAGGCCAGAAAACGCCAGUUUAGGGAUAAGCAUCCUAGGGUUGCAGAACGAGUCCAACGAUAGCGUGGGCGUUUUUGUCAAAGAUAUAGAUGCUGAUGGAAUAGCCGGAAGAAAUGGUCAAUUAAAAGAGGGCGAUCAGAUCCUUGCUAUAAAUGGCGUGCGCCUUCAAAAUGUGCCCCACAAAGAAGCCAUCUCUUUGUUACAAAACUCCAAAGGCGCUUUAAACCUUCUCAUCGAACGCCAGGUCAAAAAGAAACGUAAAAGUUCUACGUCCGAAAAUAGACCUAUCCCUAUCACUGCCACAAACCUCGGCCCUAGUUCUGUCGAAAGAAAAGAAACAGGUGAUAUUAAGGACAAAGAGUUAUGGACAACAGAUGCUAUCGAUAACGCUGCCGCAACUCAAAGCAAGGAAAUCGAAAGGCUUUCUUUGUCUAAUAUUCCAUACGAACUAACUAAACAAUUAUCAUUCACUUCCUCUCAAGUAGAACCAAGCCUAGACGAAGCGGUGCCCGCCCUUGCUCCCGAUAUCUCACUCUCCAAACCCCUUCAUUCUCUCGAUAGUCGUGUAGAAAUCGAUAAGAAUAUGGUGUUGGACACCGAAUGGGCCGAAAUAGAACUGAUCGAAUUAAAGAACGAGGGCACAGGUUUAGGUUUCGGUAUCGUGGGUGGCAAGAGUACUGGAGUCGUUGUCAAAUCAAUUUUACCUGGCAGUGUGGCUUAUAUCGAUGGACAUAUGAAAAAUGGGGAUCACAUUUUACAAAUAGGAGACGUCAAUCUUAGAGGCAUGAGUUCGGACCAAGUCGCCAGCGUUCUUAGACAUUGCGGACCUUACGUUAAGUUAGUGGUAGCCCGAGGAAUCGUAGAUAUCCCAUCACCUACUACCCUUGCUAAUUCCCUUUACCUUCCAACCAAACUAUUAAACGAACAAUUGGGCAUGGAUAUACUGCCUAGUCAGAUCAUAGCGAAUAAAAAUAUAUUACCAGAUGAACCCGAAAACUUAACGGAAGAUGAAUUAGUAGAAGAGAGCGAAACGUUUGAAAGAACGUUGAUAAAAGGGUCUCACGGGUUAGGCAUGACUAUCGCCGGUUAUAUUGGAGACGAAAUUUCAGGGAUAUUUGUUAAAAGUAUAGCCAUUGGGAGUCCUGCCAAUCUUGACAGCUACAUAAAAAUCAACGAUCAAAUUGUCGAAGUUGAUGGCCGUACCUUGAUAGGAAUGAGUAACCAAGAUUCUGUCGAGGUGUUGAAAAAUACGGGGAAUAAAGUCCAUUUGAAGUUCGUUAGAUAUCUCAAGGGUUCCAAGCAUGAACAGCUGGAACAUCACACUGAACAUGAAGAAAUGGAUAAUGCCGUUCCUCAACCACCCUCAGAAACUGAAGAAAUUAAACCCGGCUCUAAACCGGCAAAGGAGCUUCCUACAUCUCGAAUAGAGUCAAACAUUCCUCAAUCAUCACAAAACGGGUAUCACGUCGAAGAGAAGGAGAGCGAGAGGGAAAAAUUGAUUUCUUCCGAAGGACAAGAACGGGAAGAAAGAUCGACGGAUGAAUCUUCCAGCAAGAUCAAGCCCGAAUACCUGACUGUUUCCCCUACACCCAAACCUCAUUAUGAUGAAGAAACAAGGGAUUACUAUCGUAAAUGGUCGUCGGUGCUAGGCCCCGACGCUCUGAUCGUGAUAUCCGAAUUCGACAAAUUUAAACAAGGUGGCGGUUUGGGAAUAAGCCUAGAAGGAACAGUGGAUGUUACGGAAGACGGAACCGAAACCAGUCCUCAUCAUUACAUUAGGUCCAUCUUGCCGGACGGACCGUUGGGUAUCAACGGAAAACUGAGAAGCGGAGACGAGUUAUUAGAGGUUAACGGACAAAUUCUUUACGGCAAAAAUCAUAGGGAAGUAGUUAGGGUCCUCAAGGAAACUCCCUUAAGAGUUAUAAUUGUAUGCGCCAGAAUCAAAACUUCUCCAUCUUCUUUGGAUAGGGAGGAUUUGGAAAAUGUAGAAGCGAUCGAGGGUUCGAUACCCAGUUCCUAUUUUUUCUUACCUUCCACCAGGCCUUUCACACCGGAAGAAUCGUUAGAUACAAGAGCCCAGUCUCAGCAAUAUUUCGUGAAUGAGGAGGUCGACCGAAGGGAAUCAGGCGACCGCUUGUUCAAGGCCAAAUCUGAAGGUGCUAUAUCCUUAGGUCUUACCGAUUCGCUACACGAUAUUACCGCCGAUUCCGUUAGAAUAAAAUCUAGAUCUCUAGAACCCAUGCAUGGCUUGGCUAUGUGGAGCAACAAAACCAUCGUUGUGGACCUCAUCAAAGGGGAUAGGGGCCUGGGAUUUAGCAUACUAGAUUAUCAAGAUCCCGCAAAUCCUAAUCACACGGUUAUAGUUAUACGUAGUUUGGUGCCGGGCGGGCAAGCCCAAUUAGACGGAACUAUCGUACCUGGUGAUAGACUCUUAUUCGUUAAUAACGUGAAUUUGGAAGGUUUGACCCUUGAUUCUGCCGUUACCGCACUUAAAAGUGCUCCCAAGGGGUUAGUGAGGAUUGGCAUUUCCAAACCCAUGCCAUUUCUUGUAGAGGAAGGGGAAGGAAGCUCGGAGUACUUGAAUAAGAAAUUUACACCCGAUAGAGAAAUCAAAGAGAAAAUCGUCCUUCCAGUACCUCAAGAAGAACCUGUUAAAGCGGAAGACCUAUUUUUACCUUAUAAAAACGAACUGGCCAUUGAAGACAAGCCACUGUUCACCAUCAAAGAUGCCGAACCGUUGUCACCUUUUCAAGAAUCAUCUGGUCCUAACAAAUACGUAUAUAAGACUCAAAUUAAUUUAAGGCCAUCGCUUUCUGAAGACGAAAUCCCCUCUUUCAAACCUAAAAAAGACGAAAUUCCUGUAUUACCACCUUUGCCCCACGCGUUAGAACGUGUCAUCAAAAUCAAAAAGGGACUCCUUCAUUUGGGAUUGACGCUAGAACCCGAGGGUAUAGGCACCAAUGGUUGCAUUGUUUCUUCCGUAAGCCCCGAUGGAGCUAUAAAAAGGGAUGGUAGAGUUAAAGUGGGAGAUUAUAUAACUUCCAUCAAUAACGAAAGUCUUAGAUACGUGACUCUUAACCAGGCUAAAUCUAUUUUAUCCAGGAUAUCCCUCAUAAGCAGUGAUAUUAGCUUAAAUUACAUUCCUUCCGAUGACGCGGCCAUUCAUAAUCAAUCAGCCAUUAUGGCCUUGCAAGAUGAUUCAACACAUUCCAUCAAUUUAUAUGAUCAGGGUAUAAAGUUAUCAAUGCAAGAUUUAACUGUGUAUAUCAAAUACGUCGACAGCCUGAUGGAACGCUUGAUUGAAGAUAUAAGUGAAUCUCUGACCCAGGCGAUACUCGAAAGUCAUAUAUCGGAAGAUAAAAUUCAAGAGUAUUUACCUCCCCCUCUUCCUCAAUCGCAACAAGAUUUAUUACUUAAACAUGAUACGAUUAGUCCUUUGUACCCAGAAGAAGAUAUUACGCCAGUCAGUAACGAAAGCUUAGAAAUCCAAGAAAUUUUGAAAAGUGAUAUUAGCCCAGAAUCGCAAACAGAAUUUGUUCCGCAAGCAAUAACAACUUCUACCGAAGAUGAUAGAACGAAUACCACAGAAGACAAUCGUUGGAGUCCUCCCCAAUUUAUUGAACUCACUAAAGAUGAUAACCAAAGCUACGGAUUAAGUAUCGUGGGUGGAACUAUAGAGAGUGAUCUUAAUCCAGAUUUUGAUGUUCCCGUCGCGGGUAUAUUUAUCAAAAAUGUGUUUCCCAGCGGACCCGCUUUUAGAAAUGGGCGCCUAAAAACGGGCGAUAGAAUUUUAGAAAUCAACAAUUAUAAAGUUAACAACUCAAGUUUGGAUGAAGCCGUUAAAAUUAUUCGGGAAUCCAAAAAUCGAGUACAGUUUUUGGUACAAAGUUUGAUGGGAUCUAAUGAGAUACCAUACACAUUCACAUUUACUCCCAAAAAAUCUGAUACCACAAAUAUAUCUACUAUCGGUGCCGAUAAUCAAAAUAUUGAUAAUACCACACCGGAGAGUUCUCCCCCUUCUUCAAAAAGAAUUUCGACGGUUUCCACCCUUGUUUUCGAACCAAUCUCAACUAAAAUUAAAGAAGACCUAACUAAUCAAGGUAGAAGGGAUACAGCAUUCAAGCCCAGUACGAUAAAUGGCAUACCAUUUGAAUCGGGGGCAGGUUCUGUGCUAACGAAUGUCCAAAGUUCUUUGAAAAUCGAUGAUAGCACUCAGAUUUAUCCUAUAGAUACAUCAAAAAAUUCUAUCUCAAGUAAUAUGCAAAAGUAUACCAGCACCGUAACACCCCUGAGUCCAUCAAGGUUAUCUUUAGCGACACCUUCGCUAGGAUUUAUUCAAGAGGAGUCAUCGCAAUCAAAAAUUCCUACCCCCGUUAAAGUAAAUUAUAAAUCUAUAGAUCAAUUAAAAAAAGAGUUUUUUGAGCGACAUUCUUUGACCAAUGUAUCGUCUCUUCCCGCGAGAGAAUCCAUUCCUUUAUCGUAUAGUCCCACUAAUUUUGUUACCCCGGAUUCGAUGAACCGUCAAUUGCGUUUCAAAGUUCCCAUAACUUCAUUUAUGCAAAGACCUCAGUUAGAAUUGUUAUUAGGACACCCCAAAGCCUAUACAGCUAGUCAAACGAAACUCCAACCCAAAUCGCGUAGAUUAUCGUCUCCACCUCAUCUUAAUAGGAUGAGUAAUGUAACAACAUUCGAUCUCAAUACUGCAUAUACUAAACCGUCCUUAACCUCUUUAGCAGCAACUAAAAACGACAAAAUUUUAUCGAAGCGUUUAUCGGAACAACUCCCCGGUAAAUAUACCCCCAUUAUACCCAUAUCGACCGUUAUAAAUCCAGCCCCUUCUUUGUUCUUCGAAAGAAUAACCAUACCAGUUGACAAGACAGAGACUUCUUCGCGAUCUCUAUUGGCCACUCCCCUUGAUAACAAUGCAAUUUCAUCACCUAAUCAAGUUUUAUCAUCUCCCGAAUACUCCUCUUCAUCGAGUGGGAGGAUCUCAUCAGAAGGCUCAAGCAAUAAUGGUACUCACACUAUGUCUCCCCCAGUUAUAACCCCGCAAACAAAAAAAUCUUUAAUCCCCAUGGCAAAGAACGAAACUGAAAAUAUUUUACUGCAACAAUUAAAACCGCCAAUCGAUCCCUCUAGUCUGAACGUCAAAGAUGAUGAAAUCAUCAAAAAGCAAACCUGUGUUAAUAGCGAUGGCGCAACAAAAACCGUUAUUAUCGAAGAUGAAACGAUACACAUUAACCCUAAAAAAUUAUCGCUAAUAUCGACUAUAUCAUCAUCCCUUUCAAGUGUUCCAAGUUCGCCGACUAGCGAAAAGCUGCAAAACAAAUACAAUGAACUCCCGGGGAAAAUUCAUAUCGUAGAACUACGCAGAACGCAGGGAAGAUUGGGUAUUUGUUUGGCCGGAAAUAAAGAUAGGAAUAAAUUGAGCGUCUUUGUGGUUGGGAUAAACUCGGAGGAUGCUAAGAAAGAACUCAUGGUCGGCGACGAAAUAUUAGAAGCGAAUAAUCACGUUUUGUUGGGUAGAAGUCAUCUCAACGCCUCCACGAUUAUCAAAAAUUUGGAAUCAAAUGAAAUAAAGCUCAUCAUUUUAAGGCGCGCUAAUGGACUUGAAGAAAUGGCUAUAAAACCAACAAAAGCUAAUGAGCAUUUACUUAAUAGUAUUUGUCAAUUUCAAGAGACUGGUCUUGAAGAUGAUGAAUUGAAAAAAAAUUUGAAAGCUGCUCAAAUGAAUGAAUACUCAUACGCCAAAUCUAACAUUUCCUCAAGUCCAAAAAAGUUGAUAUCUUCGCCGCCUAAACGAAUAGAAGAUAGAUUCGAUCUAUUAACUUGUUCCAUCAUACCCGAUCAACCAACUUUAAUUCAUAUUGAAAAACACGGCCAACCUUUGGGUAUAGGAUUAACUGGUGGGAAAGACACAUUACUUGGUUCAAUUAUGAUCGACGAAAUAUAUAAAGGAGGAGUCGCCGAAAAGGAUAAUCGAUUAAUGGUGAACGAUCUAAUAUUAGAGGUGAAUGGCGAGAAUUUGCGGAAAACUCCGCUAAAUAUUGCGAAGGAUUAUAUCUAUCAACCUCAGACUCAUGUCACAUUGCUAGUUCAGCGUAAUACCGAUAUCGAAACUUUCGAAAAAGAUUACUACGAGCUUCAUAGUAUUGAUCUGAUAAAAAAACCGGGAAAAUCGCUAGGAAUAAGUAUUAAAGAUAGAUCAACAAGUCCUCGGGUCAUUAUAACUCAUGUGAUAAAAGGAUCGGUGGCAGAAAUCGACGGUAGAUUGAAAGCUGGCGAUCAGAUCUUAGAAGUUAAUUCUGAAAAUGUCGAAGAUUCCAAUCAGGAAGAUAUAGCCUUGAUACUAAGAGGUUUGGUUGGAAAGAUUGUUUUGAAAAUUCGACGAUUAAAACACGCAGUUGGCGAACCUUUCAUAACUUCCAAAACACCUCUCACCGAAAAAUUUCUAAAGCUUAAAUUGAGCUCCGAUUCCUUGCAAGAUUUGAUGUCACAUCACGGCAAAUUUGUCUUAAAUAAAUCUGCUCACCCUCAAAAAGAUAUUGGAAACAUUUCGCUUGUUCAGAUCACUCGCAACGAAAACGAAAAUUUGGGAUUUAAAUUUAUUGGAAUGGGUAUCACUAGUCAAACGGAAGUAAAUGAACCCGUGACUGUCAGUCAAAUCGAAUCAGGAAGCUUGGGCGAGGGAAAAUUAAAAAAAGGUGAUCGUAUUCUCAGUGUGAAUGGACAAUCUUUAGAAAAUAUGUCAAAUACUCAAGCCAAUAAUUUUUUGAAUAACUUAAAAGGCACCAUUUCUUUCGAAAUCGCCAAAGCCGCCCAACAAAGUUCAGUCGAAGCCGAAACUUAGCAAUAAAUCAUAUUUACCGAUUUGUUAAAUAAAAGUAUUUACCGUCAUCUACCAAAACACAAGUUUUUUACCCCCGAUAAUCGACGAUUGUAUUCGUAUAUUCAAUUUUAAAUAAUAUCAUCAAUUUGUUUAUUAUAGUUUUAUUUUAAUUAUAAUGAGAAAAAAAAUAUUAUUAUUUAUAUACAUUUUAUUAUAAAUAUAUAAAUUUA